AUGGCGCUGACGGCAAAAAACGCGCCUCACAUCCAGGUGAAGGCCGCGCCCGUUUCCAGGGAGGUCAGCACCCCAACCCCUAGGCCGCCAGUUCCACGCCCAGGCGUGGUGACCUGUGCUGUUUCUGCCGCGGGGCUUGCCAUUGCAAGAACCGGCCGGCGCAGGCAAAGAGGACGCAGUGCUGCGCACGCGAAGGGCUUCGGCACUGAGUGGGACACCGCGAAGGAGCAGACUCAGGUGGAUGCCGAGGCGACCUCUACAAGCCUCGCUGAGCAAAGUCAGUCAUCCUCGGCAUUGUCUGAGCUGUCAGAUGGCAGGGAGCGCGUCUUCGACCCCUCCGUACUCCGCGGCCCAAAGGGGGAGAUCCUCAGCGACGGCGAAGCUCCUCGCCCGGAGGGCGCCGAGGAGUUCUUCUCCUGGCUCCGCGACAGGGGCAGCUCAGGCCUGGACCACGUCCAGCUGCUGCUGGGUGGAGGGGUAGCCAUGCGACGGAAAGCUCGGGCCAUGGACAGCGGCCAGGAGCUCCUCGCAGUGCCUCGCGAUGCGUGGAUCACACCAGAGGUGGAGGCGGACCAGAGCUCCUUGGAGGCCCUCGCCUGGCGUCUCCUGCGCGAGCGCUCCCUGGGCGAGGAUUCUAGCUUUGCACCCUUCGUCCAGCACCUUUGCAGACAGGACCUGUCCGCGCACCCCAUCUUUUGGGAGGACGACGAGGUGGAUUGGGUGAGGCCAAGCCCGGAGGCCUUUGAACUCGUAUGCAACCUGCAAGCCCAGACCAAGGAGCGCCAGGCCCGUUUGUUGGCCCGGGCGGCGGCGGAGGUCUCGAUGGCCACGCGCGUGGAGGAAGACCUGGAGGCGCUGACCGCAGAGGUGCGGUGGGCCCUGGCAGUAGUGGAGACCCGCAGCAUCGAGGCUCAGGACGGCUCUGGCGGAGCAAUGGUGGCGCUGUGCCCCUUGAUCGGAGACUUCCGGCCAGUCUCCGCCGGGCCUGAGCUCGCGAGCUUCGAGACUGAGGGCGACAGGCUGGUCCUAUCAGCGCAGAAGCGGCUGCAGCCAGGGGAGGAGGUGCUGCAGAAGGUGCAGCAGUCGAGCGCCUGGCAUUUGGUGAAGCUUGGGGUCGUCCCCGGCUCGGAGAAGCCGGGGGUGCCCAGCGACGCGGAGCUGGUGGAGUGCAACGAGGCCGGGAACUGCUGGCUGCCGGGCCCGGAGACGGACCCGUCCAGCUACCCCAAGCAGACGUUCAUGGGCACAAAGAUCGAGUUGCUGCUGGAGCACGCCAAGUUGGACUUCCGAGGGCCCCGCCUACCCUGGAUGCCACCCCGGCAAUACUGCUUCGUUCUCCCCGACGAGGCCUUCGGGAGCGGGCGGUUGCUGCCCGCUGCUCGCUUCAUCAUCGCGGACAUCGCCGGCAUGGGCAGCAACAUCAAGACCUGGAUGAGGCGGUGGUUCGUUCGCUUCUUCCGGCACUGCAAGCUCGAAAGUCUUCCCUCCACGAAGAUUGAGAACGCCAGCGAGGGAGAAGAGGUGGACAAGGUGCUGACCAUGGUGCACGACACCAAGGUGGAGGUCAUGGCCCGCCGCAUCGUGGGCACCUGGGCCCAGCAGGCUAUCUUGAAGAAGGAUGAGAUGAUCGAGCAGAUUGCCAGCAGCACUGGGCUGCCGCUCGGGGAGAACGGGGUCAUCGUGGUGAAGGAAGGUCAGACCGUGAAGGCCUACUUUAAGGCGAAGCGCAAGGACGGCACCGUGGGCAAGAGCAAGAAGCCACGGGAGGCCGUGGUGAUCUCCAUUGAGGAGCAGACAUUGCGGGUGAAGUUCGCCAACAAGAAACGCCACGAGAUCCCCCACAACUGGGUGGUGAGCUCCACGCCGCUGCCCAACCCAAAGCUCCUCACUGCCGGCUGCUCCCCUGAGAGGCUGGCGCGGGGCAAGCUGGCGAUCACCUUGUUGCGCAGCGAAAAGAGCAUCCUCGGCCUCGUCAUGGAGACUCUCAGCGAGGCUGCUGAUAUGCUGGAAGAGCUGAGCAAUGGUGUGGAGGGGUGCAAGGAGCGGGGGGACCCCCAAGGCGCUGAGAAGCUGAUGAAGGUGAUUCGGCAUUACUUGGACCAGGAGCUCGUCGACUUGGACGAGGACACGGCCGCGUGCCUGCCCAAGUCCCUGGCAGACGUGCCCUCGGACCCAGGGGGCAAGCAGUUCCUGGACAAGCCCCUUUGGAGUCUGCCGGAGGGCUACUUGGACCCCAAGUUCUCUUCGGACGUGAUGGUGAUGGACGAGUCCAGUGGCUUGACCACAGGCACCAAGAAGCCGCCGUCCGAUGAAUCUGACUGA